AUGAAAUUAGAUUUGGAUUCAACUAUCAAAGAAAAUUAUAAUUUAAAAACUGGUAUUACAGAGGAGUUUUCUGACUUUGAUAUUGAUGAAUAUAAUAAAUCAUGGUUUUACGAAGAUUCAGAUCUGAAUACU